AUGGAGAUGACAACAGCGACGAUGAACAGGCAGGAAAUAUGGACAUGCAGAGAUGGAACACGGGCGAAUCGAGCACUGCCGGAGAAGGCCGUCGCCCGCACUUUGUGGGUGAGUCGAGCACUGCCGGAGAAGGCCGUCGCCCGCACUUUGUGGGCGAGUCGAGCACUGCCGGAGCUGGCCGUGGCCAAGACGAAGACGACGGAGCUGGCCGUGGCCAAGACGAAAACGGCGGAGCAGGCCGUGGCCAAGACGAAGAUGACGGAGAUGGCCGUGGCCAAGACGAAGACGAUGGUGGCAAUGAGCUCGUUCGAUACCCUCUUUUCGACGGCGUCUUCAUGUUCACCAGUAAGCCCAUCGGCGGACGAGGCCGUCUUGGCCUAUCCGGCCGUGGCCGAGGUAGCUGUCCGCCUUUUAGAGGAGGUGCGGCUGCUGGACGUGGAGGCGCAGGGCUUGGUGCUCGCGGUCGAGGAGCACCAGCAAGCCGAGGUGGUCGCGGACGAGGAGCACCAGCAGGCCGAGGUGGUCGCGGUCGAGGAGAAGCAGCAGGCCGAGGUGCUCGCGGAAGAGGGGCUGCAGCUGGCCGUGGAGGCGGUGAUGAUCAGGGACAAGAUCAUGCCCACGGACAUGAGCAUGCUGCAGUUGUGCCAUUAGGACGAUUGGUGAACACCCGUAGAGUUUAUAGUGACGACGACAAAAGAAAAAUAUAUGCUGCCCUUCUCCGCAGAACCUCCCCGGAUUGUUUGAAUGAUGGUGUUACCAAGGCAGUGGCCGCCGA